UCCUUUUUUCUCAAUUAUCACGAUUCAUAUUUCGUUCGUAAGAAUUAAUUACCGUUCUGUUGGGAAUGAGUCGAAAAUAAUUCGUCCAUCACCCGCUAAGAUUAAAGUCUGACACAUCCGCGCGCUAUAAAACUUUCUAUUAUGGUUCUAUAACAGUGCAUACGUCGCGUUCGCGUUGCACGGUUCACCCAUGCGAGCACAGUCCGUGCGGCCUUUAAUAGGGUUUGUCAGACAUUUCGUACGUCUGCGAACAAAUUACGCGAGUUUACACCGUGAUAAGGUCGUAUCUGCGUGCGAGUAGGAUGCUCGACGUCGAGCCUGCCCUUUGCCCUCUUUCGAGAAAUCCCAGUUUCCUCGUCAUCGUGAUCAACGUUGGGCGAAAUGAUCUUACGAAGAGCUCAGCAGUUUGACGAACAUUGGGAUCUACCCACGUUUCUUCAUAAUUGCAAAACUGUUGCACGAUUCUGUCGGGUCCGAACGCAACGAGUGUCGUUCUGAUUUUUUGGACGACAAACUGUUAUUUGGGAAAGUGAAUUAUUUUUCUGCAAAUAAACUGUCUGGCCGGAGCGAGGAAAUUUCAAAUGGCAUAGUAACUACGGGCCCGGGUAACUAGAAAGGAAUUCGAACUUCGUCCUCUCUGGAGGGCCAGGGGGAGGAGGCGGAGGUGGAGGUCCACGAGUCGCGUCCGAAGACUCUGUGUCACGCGAGAACUUGUAAUCGAACGGUCGAAUCUGUGCUCGAGCGUGAACUCUCACGGACUCGUCCGAGGACGAUCGAACUCCGGUGGUUUUCGCUCUUCCGAGAGGUCGUAAGUUCAAAGGGGAAGAGCGACAGGAGGAUCCGUUCCCGAAGACUGAGGAUAAAGGAUUUCGAGAACAGGACUUGGAACGCUUCGAAACGUCGAGGGAUACCGGAAAUCGAAGGAUGGCGGAGAACUCGCUACGCCGGAAGACGAGAUCAGCCUCGAUCUGUGCCCCGGGAUUCUCGAGCAUGGAACAAAUGAUCGAGACAAUGCCUCCCUCGGGUGCCAGGGAGAGGGACAAGAUUGACAAGGAUAGCGGCAGUGGGACGCCCGACACCAAUACGCCGACCAGGAAACGUAGACCCGCCACCAGAUCCCAAAGCGCUCGUGUCUCCGGGGCAAACAAGAGUAUACGUCGUCGUGCCGCUGCCCAAGCUGCGCAUCACCAUCAUCAUCACCAUGAGGGUACCGUUAAGUCGGCGCACUGCAGCAGCGAGCCCAGGCUGACCGAUAACGACGUCAGCCCCGGUCUGAGGCGGAGAGGAAGCCGAAGGGGCCAAAGCAUGCACCACAGCCAUCACAGGAAGAGCAACGCGUUUCUGGACGUUCCCGACUCCUCGUCGCAGAUGCCCGCGAGGGAGGAUGGCGAGGACGAGGAUAGCUACAGACUGAGAAGCUUCAGCCUCACCAGCAAAGGUGUGGUUAACAGGGGCGACUCUUUUCGAAGAAGAAGAUCAAGGUCGAACUCGCUGGCACCGGCCGACGUGGAGAACGAGGAUAAACGUAAUCUACCAGCGAAAGAUAUCACCUCCUACACGGUGGCGAUGCUCGGUGCCACGGGCGUCGGGAAAACCGCCCUCAUCAGCCAAUUUAUGACCAGCGAAUGCAUCAACGCGUACGACAGGCAAAAAGACGUGCCCAGCGAGCAAUCUGUUUUCGUCAUGCUGAACGGCGAGGAGAGCGAGCUCAGAUUCUUAAACGUCUCCAACCCGAAGACGGAACUGGAGACGAAUCACCCGGACGCUUUCAUAAUUAUGUACUCGGUGAUCGACAAGGCUUCCUUUCAAAGGGCAGAGGAGUAUUUAGAGCGUCUUCACGACCAGGACCUCCUGCGGCGACGACCGGCUAUAUUGGUGGGCAACAAAGUCGAUCUGGUUCGAUCCAGGGUCGUCUCCUCCCAAGAUGGGAAGUGCGUGGCGUGCACGCAUCGCGUCAAGUUCAUCGAGGUCUCGGUCGGGAUCAACCACAACGUGGACGACCUGCUCGUGGGUAUACUGAGUCAGAUCCGGUUGAAGAACGUGCAAUCUAACGCGGAGAACCGGGCGGGUAACGGGACCAGCGAGGGUAGCGGUCAUUGGUACAAGUCAAGGGGCGUGGUGCGAGCCAGCAUGAAGGCCAGACAGAUGCUGACCUGGCUGUUCGGCAAGGAGGACAGCAAGUUCAAGAACUGUGAGAACCUCCACGUGCUCUAAACGCAGUCGAACCUCGGUACCUGACGCUUAAAUUCUAAUCACACCCUUCACCGAGGUUCGCGGGCUUCCGUGGUCGCGGCGACGGGAUCAAAAUCGUCGUGAGUAUCCGAUUAAUCGAGCGGAGAGCUUGGUUAAACGCGAACGAUCGAACAAUUCGAUCGAUUCAAUUUUUCACGCGUGGUUCGACUUCGAUCCUUCGACUGAGACGUCGUCAAGAAUGCAUAACGUUCCAACCGAUGAUUUUUAUAUAUUUUUAACCGCUGUUGUUCGUGGUGCAUCGUUGAUUUGCAACCACGGAACGGCCCGAAGGGAAAUAAUCGGGCUCCGAUCAAGGUGCCAAUUAAAAGUAAACGGUGACCACUGUUUUUCUUUCUGUACGAUUAAUUUUAAUUAACGUUAGCUCGUUAAGUACUUCCGUCGAGCACAUCCUCUCGACAUAUUUAAUAUUAACUUAAGGGCAAGUUUCUCGGUGCGUGUCGGUCCACUCUGCGCACGCGAAUAAUUCAAUUAGAUGGAACUUCCAAAACGCACUGGGUUCGAUUGAUCCUUUGACCGAACAGUUCCUCGCUGCCGAUCGAUAAAUCACGAACAAUGCGAUUAGUAAUUAAACCUUUUCGCGAAGAUCGUAAGUUGAGAACUGAAGGUAGCGAAGAAUAUUUGUUCCACCGACGGCGACGAGUCAGCAGUGUGGUCACAGGAUCGACUCGAAGCGUUUGAUUGCCUGUAGGAUUCGAGGGAACACGAAGGAGGAAAUAUCGGACCAUGGCAUGAAUUAGCGGCCACUAACGUUAACGUCGUUACGCUGUACGAUAAGACCAAUUUAAUCUUUUUAAAUUCGAGCUGUACAUACCGUAUAUGAACUUUAACGAAUCACGGAUUCUGUGUACCUACGCAACAGAAACGGGAAGAACAAGAAUAAGGCUGCGAGUCUACGUGUGUCGUACUAUUAUACAUAUAAAUAUACGUACCUACGCGUGUACGUACAGGCUGAACCAUUCGACUUGAUCACUUCGCUUGUUUAAUCUUUUAAUUCGAAGCAGAGAUCCAACAAACUCUUAUUUAUUUCGUAGCUCUUCGGGGACAGAGUUAAAGGCAGCUAAUGAAAGUCAACCAGAAACUUUUACUGUAGAGAACGUGAAGAAAUCGAUUUUACUACGUUUUUAAUAGCUCGCUCUCUUGUCCGUUUGCUCGGUACAAAUGUUUUGCAAUUGAUUUUAAACUAACUUUCCGAUGAGCUAGAGACUUGAAACUUAAAGCAUUGCUCAGAACUGAAUAACAAUGAAAUACUAAAAAGCAUAAAAUAAUUGUAAAAUACUUGUCAGAUUUAAAACAAUGCAUGAAUAGCGCGUUUUACGUUAAUUUUCAAAUUGAAUCACUGAUUCUUACCUUCUUCGUUGGGACAAUUAAUUUUUCUUCGUCGAUAGGUAAAUAGAUGCACGUGUUAAGCGAUUUGGUCGAAUCGAACGGUUCACCUGGUGCGAGACGUGUACGUAAGUUUACGUUAGUUUCGUGUAGAUGUACUGUUAAACGAUUGACGUGUUGCUGUAUUGUGUGUUUUCCUCAAAACGAACGGGUACUACCUACUAUACGAAGAAUAUUCACAUUUUUGGGAGAUUUUGAGAACGGAUACGAAGAGACAAAGAAAUAUAUUAUAUAUAUAUAUAUAUAUAUAUAUAACAUAUGUAAGUACACCCACGUAUACUGUCCAUUGUCUAUUUUCUGCGAUCUCUACGCCUAUAUAUAUAUCCGAAUUAUAUAUACAUAUAUUAUAUAUUAUACAUAUACGAGCAUGUAUAUAGAGGGUGUUGAAAAAAGGUGGUUUCCCUUAAUUGUUUCCCUUUAACAGCGUGUUAUAAUUUUGUUUACUAUUCAUUAUUUAUUAUCGCUGUAUGCUAUUUUCUCUACAAAUACGACGUAAUAAAGUAUAUGAUAAUUUGAUUGGACCUUGUCGUUAAUUUUCGAGCCACCUUGUUUAAACAUUCUGUAUAUUCUAAAUCAAAAGCAGUGUUGUAAAAGGUAUAGUUCGCGCGGAGCAUUCGUUUCAGGGGCCAAAAUGAAUGAAAGGGGCAAAACUUUAUAAGCUAACAGUAAGUCAAAGUAUCGAGUUAAUAUUAAUUGAAAGAAGACUAUCUUACGGACGACCAACUUAGUAAACAGAAGGGGACACUCUGUGAAAAGUUUAGCUGAAUCUCGAAUAAGAAUUGUAGCUAGAAAGAAGAGAUCGAUCAAUGAACGCAUGUCAGACGUAAAAUCGACAGAAGUGACUGAGAGGGGCGUCCGAUUUUCUAAUUAAAAAGACGUCUCUCUGACUCACGAAUCGCAACACUAUCUUCUUACAGCACUGUCGACUAAGAAAGAAGCGAACAGAAAAUGAAGAGAGCCGACGACAAGACGUGAUUGAAAACAUAGGGACGCGAGCGUCCGUCGGUGAAUUUACAAUAAAAUCGUUCCUCCGUUCGUCGAGUGACAGAGAUAGAUUCGGGGCGACGUUUGUCGUCAUCCAUCGUUUGGUUCAGAUUCGUUUGCUGAUCGAGACACGUGUUUGCAUGAUCGUCGUUGUUAUUGAACGACUGAGAGGAACGCGAAGAAUCCACUGUGCGAACGUUGAUUCGAAGGGUAACCGGGUUCACGAAAUAAAGAAAGGGAUGAGAAAGGAAAUGAGAAAAUUCUUAUCAAGUGCCUUUGUGUAUUUUUGUAAUUUAAGCUAAACUCGAUGUAAGUCUUAAACCCAAUACAAGUACAUCGCUCUGAUCACCGAAACGUUUAUCGAUACGAUUUCAUUUUCAUCGCUGUCAUUAACGAUUCAGGUUUGUAGCGCACCACUUUAUCUUUAUUUCUUCGUAAUCUUUCCUUGUUCUUUUUCUAAUUUUUUACUCGACGCGACGAGGUGAGAGUGCUACCGUGUGUUUUACCGUUCUUUUGUGAAUCUUUUGAGCAUAAUUAUUACGGGCGCAAUCGAAGGUUCGUACUUCCGUUUUCGACGAUGCACCACCAGAUCGAUGUCUACCAAUUAACUGUUGUCAAGAUCAACUUAUCAAUGUUACUCGAGAAGAAAGACGCUGUCUUUAUUGUGUGAGUGAUCAAGUACACCGCGAAUUUUUAUGUACUUGCACAGAAUUCAGUACCUUUGUACGAAUAUCGGACGAUGCACUCGAUCAAUUUGAAUCGUGAUCCCGACACGAGAGAGAUUCUUUGGUACACGGACGAACGACUUUAGAGCAAAAAUUAAUUUAGAUUUCAAUUGAAUUUGCAUAAUAAUUCGCGGUCCAACGAGUGACGUGACAAUACUGCCAUCAUUUCGGCUGAUAGGGAUACGAUUCGUCUUAGCCGCCGCAAAAUGCUUGCGGGGAACGAAAGGAGAUAAGAGAGAUCGAGCGACUUUCAGUUUCGCUUGGUACACAAUAUUCUAAUGCGAGGUGAUCCGUCAUCCGGAGGGAAACGAAUGGCUCUAAUCCCGAUGGGAUUAUUGUACUUCGGUAAUAAUAAAGAAGUGACGUUAAAAAUCCA